GUUAAGGGCGCGAGCGGCGCGCGGGAACGGCAACCAGGCUCCGCUCCGGCUCUUCACACACACACACACACACACACGGAGGCAGGUGGAGCAGCUUUGCCACAGAGACAACCCCUGGAAGGAAAAGGAAAAAGGGGGGAGAAAAAAAAAGCGUCUGUGGAGUCUAUACGGCGUGGAUAUUAAACAAAGAACGUCCUCAGCUGGUUCUCGAGGUGACACCGCUGCACGACGAGCAGGCCUGGGCAACAGAGGAUUGUGGUAAUGGCAUCUAUCCCCGCUGUGAUGUGUCUUUGAUCAGAGGAACAUUGGCAGACCGUCUCUGGAAGGAACAGUAGAGGAGUUAAUGAAAGUCAUGCGUUCCAACUGCUUUACCGACUGCGAACAAACCAACAGCGAAUGAAACCCAAUUCGUAGUUCAUCUAAAUGUGCAGUGUUGCAAACUGAACAUGUGGAAUCGAGUAAUAUUUUGAGACUGACUUGGAUUUUGGAGGACUUUUCCUAAAUGUAUCCUUCCAUGGAAAUACUCAGAGAAAAAUCAGGAUGGAGAAUCGAGUCAAAAGAAACCGUUAGAUACUAGGGAGAUUUAGAAUCCGAGGCCAUCUAUUUGCACAGUGCUAUUUUCGAAAAGGCCAAAUACAUUAACACGCCACGCUGGGAAUAAAUUUCUCCUCUGCUGUGGAGAAACGGAACAUUAGAAAAGCAGGAUUAGGAGCGUGCUUGAAUGAUGAUGGCAAGGAAGUGGAGGUGUAGUGGGAGGCGACUGCGGAUCUGGGUGCUGCUGUUGCUGCUGGCGGCUUCAUCACUGGCACUGGAGUUUGACGGCCUGCCAGGCCAGUGGGCACGUUAUGGGCGUUGGGAAGCUGGCGCUACGGGUGAACUGAGCUUUGCGAUGAAGACCAACGUGAGCGAAUCCGUGCUUCUUUACCUGGACGACGGUGGCAACUGCGACUUCCUGGAGCUGCUGAUCAGCGACGGUCGUCUGCUGCUGCGUUUUGCCCUGCACUGCGGCGAGCCCGCUACUCUCCACAUGGAGACACGCGUCAGCGACCAGCGCUGGCACCGGGUGCAGCUAGUGCGCAACUACCGCCACACCACGCUGACGGUGGACAGUGAGGCCAAGGUUGCCGAGGUCAAAUCCAAGCGUAAGGAGAUGGUUGUUGCAAGCGACCUGUUUGUGGGUGGAAUUCCUCCCGACGUACGCCUUUCGGCUCUUACCUCCAGCACCGUCAAAUACGAGCCUCCGUUCCGGGGUCUGAUCGCCAACCUAAAGCUCGGAGAAUCUGCUCCUGUCCUUCUGGACAGCCAGGGUGUGAAGAUCGAUCUGGAGUACCUUUGCACCAAGCAGAACCCCUGUAGCAAUGGAGGACACUGCUCCGUCUACCAGAGCGAUGUCCUGUGUGACUGUACCAACACCGGCUACAAGGGAAAGUACUGCACUGAAGCUGUCCAACAAGUCUUAGAAGGUCUGGCGCACCUGAUGUUAAAGAGCCAAGCCCCAGGACCUGCUCCACUGAAGGCCACUGCAGCUGCAGGUGUUACCGAACCAGGGCGAGCCGAGUCAGUGGCCACAUUCAAGGGCAGCGAGUUCUUCAGCUACAACCUGUCACAGACGCCCAUCCAGAGCAGCUCGGACGAUAUCACGCUAUCGUUCCGUACGGUCCAGCGCAACGGCCUGCUGCUGCACACAGGAAAGGGGGCUGAUUACGUCAACCUGUCAUUGAAGAACGGCGCCGUGUGCCUCGUCAUCAACCUGGGCUCGGGCGCCUUCGAAGCACUGGUGGAGCCAUCAGAUGGCAAGUUUAAUGACAACGUGUGGCACGCCGUGCGCAUCGCCCGCAACUUGCGCCAGGUCACUAUAUCUGUGGAUGGCUUACUGACGACCACAGGCUACACCCAGGAGGACUACACCAUGCUGGGCUCAGAUGACUUCUUCUAUGUGGGAGGCAGCCCAAACACAGCCGACCUACCCGGCUCUCCGGUCAGCAACAACUUCAUGGGCUGCCUGAAAGACGUGGUCUAUACCAAUAACGAGUUUAGGCUGGAGCUCUCUCGGCUGGCUGAAUUGCGAGACCCCAAAGUGGCCUUACACGGUGAACUGACCUUCCGCUGUGAGGACGUGGCUGCCCUUGAUCCUAUCAGCUUCGAUACAUCAGCCGCCUACGUCAGCCUCAAUCACUGGAGCAGCAAGAAAACCGGAUCAAUCUCCUUUGACUUCCGCACCACAGAGCCCAACGGCCUGCUGCUGUUCAGCCACGGGAACAUGCAGGGUUCACGUGAGCACCGACCUAGGGUUGACUUUUUUGCCAUGGAACUGCUGGACGGCUUUCUGUACCUCCUAAUGGACAUGGGCUCAGGCAGCAUUAAGUUAAAGGCCAGCAAUAAGAAGGUGAAUGACGGAGAGUGGUGUCAUGUGGACUUCCAGCGAGAGGGACGCAAAGGCUCCGUCUCGGUGAACGGCCGCAGCAUGCCCUUCUCCACCAACGAAGGCAGCGAGAUCCUGGACCUGGAUGGUGAGAUGUACCUUGGCGGUCUCCCUGAGGAAAGCAAAGCUCUUCCUCUACCCCCCGAGGUGUGGACAGCAUCUCUGCGAUUGGGCUUCGUGGGCUGCAUGCGGGACAUGUUUGUGGACGGUCGGAGCCAGGACCUGCGGCGUCUGGCCGAGCUGCAGAGCGCGGCAGGCGUCAGUGUCUCCUGUACACGUGAGACCCACCGGCGCUGCAGCACCGAGCCCUGUUCCCACGGCGGCCACUGCCACGAAGGGUGGAACCGCCACAUAUGCGACUGCACCGGCACCGGAUACCUGGGGCCCAACUGUGAAACUGAGUCCACAGUGCUGAGUUACGAUGGCAGCAUGUUUCUGAAGGUGCUCAUGCCUCGCGCCAUGCACACGGAAGCCGAGGACGUCUCACUGCGCUUCAUGUCCCAGAGGGCUUACGGCCUGCUCAUGGCCACCACCUCCUCAGAGUCCGCCGACACCCUGCGCCUGGAGCUGGACGGGGGAAAAGUCAAACUCACCGUCAACUUAGAUUGUAUCGGGAUAGACUGUAACCUUAGUAAAGGACCGGAGACUCUCAAUGCAGGGCACAAGCUGAAUGACAAUGAGUGGCACUCUGUGAAGGUGGUGCGCCGGGGCAAGAGCCUGCAGCUCUCAGUAGACAAUGUGACUGUGGAAGGCCAGAUGAGCGGAGCACACACGCAGCUGGAGUUCCACCACAUCGAGACUGGCAUCAUGACAGAGCGCCGUUUCAUCUCCGUCAUGCCAUCCAACUUCAUCGGCCACCUCCAAGGCCUUUCGUUUAACGGUGUACCCUACCUGGACCAGUGCAAGAACGGCGACAUAUCGUACUGCGAGCUGAACGCUCGCUUCGGCAUGCGUCGCAUCGUGGCCAAGCCGGUGAGCUUCAGGACCAGAAGCAGUUACCUGGCACUGUCCACCCUGCAGGCCUACACCUCCAUGCACCUGUUCUUUCAGUUCAAGACCACCAGCCCUGACGGUCUGCUGCUGUUCAACUCCGGAGAUGGCAGCGACUUUAUUGUGGUGGAGCUGGUCAAAGGGUACAUUCAUUACGUCUUCGACUUGGGCAACGGGCCAUCGCUCAUGAAGGGCAACUCCGACAAGCCACUCAACGACAACCAGUGGCACAAUGUGGUGGUGUCUCGAGAUGACAGCAAUGUCCACACACUUAAGAUCGACUCCCGCACCGUCACCCAGCACUCCAACGGAGCCCGCAACCUGGACCUCAAAGGGGAGCUGUACAUUGGCGGUGUGGGGAAGAGCAUGUACAACAGUCUGCCUAAGCUGAUAGCAUCUCGAGACGGUUAUCAGGGCUGCCUGGCCUCUGUGGACCUCAAUGGCAGGCUGCCGGACCUCAUCAGUGAUGCCCUACAUAAGGUGGGCCAAGUGGAGAAAGGAUGUGAUGCUGGCCCAGGCACUACCUGCUCAGAGGAUUCGUGUUCACAUCAGGGUGUGUGUCUCCAGCAGUGGGAGGGCUUCACCUGCGACUGCACCAUGACCACUUACGGAGGCCCUCGCUGCAGUGACCCUGGGACCACAUAUAUAUUUGGGAAAGGAGGCGCUCUUAUCACAUACACAUGGGCACCGAAUGAGCGACCGAGCACCAGGGCUGACCGGCUGGCCGUGGGCUUUAGCACUCAGUUGAAAGACGCCAUCCUGGUGCAGGUGGAGAGCACACAGGGCCUGGGAGACUUCCUUCAGCUACACAUAGAGCAAGGAAAAAUCUGUGUCAUCUUCAACGUGGGCACUGAUGACAUCACCAUAGACGAACCAGCAGUUGUCGUGAGCGAUGGCAAGUACCACGUAGUGCGCUUCACCCGCAGCGGGGGUAACGCCACCCUCCAGGUGGACAACCAGCCCGUCAUCGAGCGCUACCCAACAGGCAACUUUGAUAAUGAACGGCUGGCUAUAGCCAGGCAAAGAAUCCCAUACAGACUCGGUCGGGUAGUUGACGAGUGGCUACUCGACAAAGGACGGCAGUUAACUAUCUUCAACAGCCAGGCAGCCAUUAAGAUCGGAGGCCAAGAUAAAGGCCGGCCAUUCCAGGGUCAGAUCUCAGGCUUGUACUACAAUGGGCUGCAGGUGCUGAAGCUGGCAGCUGAGGGUGACCCCAGUGUUAAAGUGGAAGGCAACCUUCGUUUGGUGGGAGAUGCGCCAUCUGUACUGUCCACAGAGACCACUUCGGCCACGCCUCCAGCCGCCAUGGACAUGUCCACCACCAUCAUGGAGACCACCACCACCAUGGCCACCACUACUACUCGAAGACAGCGCUCACCCAGCCUCAAGGACAGCAUAACACAGAACUCUGAUGACCUGCUGGUGGCAUCGGCGGAGUGUCCCAGUGACGACGAGGACCUGGAGGAGUGUGAGCCUGGCACUGGAGGUGAAUUAGUGUUGCCCAUAAUUACCAUGGACACCCAAGACCCCCAGUCUGUGGCCCCGCAUUACCCUGCCAUUCCCCCUCCCCCAACAUCCCUGAGCCCCCUCCAGACCACCAAAGAGUCCCUUGUUCUGUCUGAGCCGCGGCCUCCGUGCCCUCCAGACCAGGAGGACUGCGGCGAGCCCAUGGAGGUGUCGGCCUUCGGCUCGGGGGAGAUGACCGAGUCUGAUGAUGAGGACUUCUAUAAAAACUCCCCGAUGGUCACUGAUAGGACAGUGCUGCCUCCUCCCCCUGGCGUGGGCAAAAGCGGAGGCCAAAAGCCUGGUGCCCAUCGCCCUCAUUCUCCCCCUGCCCCCCCUGCCCCAACAACCCACCCUGACCAACUCCACAUCCCCGCAGGUAAAAUGAACACCCGCGACCAGGUGCUCCUCCCCCCAGCCCCAUCCUCCCGCCUCACUCCGGGACUAACUUACCCGCCCGAUUUCCCUCGUGUGCCCACAGCUAGGCCCUCGGCUUCGGUAGAGAGGGGCCUCCCCGGUGCCGUGGAGGUGAUUCGUGAGUCCAGCAGCACCACAGGAAUGGUGGUGGGUAUCGUUGCCGCUGCCGCCCUCUGCAUCCUGAUCCUCCUCUACGCCAUGUACAAGUACCGCAACCGCGACGAAGGAUCCUACCAGGUGGAGCAGAGGCGCGGCUCGGGCAGCGAAAGCAACGGUGCCGUGGUCAAGGAGAAGACGCCUGGCACGACCGCCUCCAUGUCCAAGACCGUCGCAAAGGGGAAGAAAAACAAAGACAAGGAGUAUUACGUCUGAGAGAGGAGUGAGAGAGAAAGAGAGGGAGAAGGACGGCGGGCUGAAGAUUGUAGAGCGUAAAUCACCUCCUCUUCAUUCUCAUCCUCAAACAUUUAAGCCUUCAGUGAAAUUUCCAAAAGUUAUGACACAGUAAGGUAAAUGUGGAGAGAGAGAGAAAGAGAGAGAGAGAGAGAGAUGUAAGGGAAAGUACUAAUGAUAAAGGAAGUGAAUGGUCAUGUCCUGGGUGUCUUACAUAGCCAUUUUAACCUUAUUUCAUCCCCUUUUGUGCCUCAAGGAGAUCAUCCAUUACAUUCUAGAUGAUGAAAUGCCAUUCAUUCUCUUUGCAAUGAAAAUUGCCGCUUCCAGAGCACAGGAAUCUUUAGAGGUUAAUGAAUCACCAUGGAAAGGGAGAGAACUCCGACCACGCUAACUCAUCAGCAGUCCUCUCCGGUGUCUGCUGCUUUCUGAAUCCUUUGGCUAAUUUUAAUGUGAAAUCGAUUAUAUCCUGCAAUUUGAACUAUAUAAGAAAUGUAAUUAUACUUGAUGUCAUUAUUCACACUGAGCGGUAAAUAGUGUGUGAGGUAUCAGGCAAGCAAAUGCUCCUGUUAAUUCACUUCUUUCAGUUAUUUAAUUAUGUGCUUGGUAGGAAAAACAAGCCAACCACUUUUACACCCAAUAUUACUUUGACCGCAUUUCCCACGUUCUUGGGUAUUAGAAAAAGUUUGGAGAAUGUGCUGUGUAGUUUUUGGCCAACUUGAAGUCAAGUAAGGAGAGUGCGAAUUAGAUGCAUGUGUUCGUUCAGAAAUCUGUAUAUGAUUCACCUGACUUGUUAUGCAUUUUAAAUGUAAUUGUGUAACUCGUUGCAUUUCAGAAUUGUAAAUGUGUUUGCUUACACCUUACCAUAUUUUUUUGAAUAUCACCUUACCCCCACACACUUAAAAAAGUAGAUUUCUUUAUAGCCUUACGUCGCUAGCAUUAAUGCACCACGCAAUUUGGUCUUGUAUUUCCUAGGGAUGCAUCGAUACCGUGUUUUUUUUUUUCCAUACUGAUCGAUACUAGUACUGAUACCAAAAUGAGUAACCUAAGAUAGAAUACGUUAUAGUGUUUGAGCCGUAUCUUUAAUAGAGAGACUGGCUGACCGGAGCGUGCACAGGUGCAUCAGCAAACUGGACGUCAGCUAGCAACUCCCACCAGCUAACACAUCUCAGUACUCGCAGAACUGAAGUGCUCGACUCCUCACUUCGCUGGCGUAUUCACGGCACCUUGUAUUCACUUUUAACAAUAACACACCGCUUGCACAGGUCAAGCUGCCUGCAAUUUAUUAAACAUACCGUUUAAACAUGAUGAGAUGUUUUAUCAGGUUAUUUGUAUUGUAGGAAGAUCUUCAAGUAGCUCCACGAGAUAUUUUCAGAGCACUGGUGCUGUCGUGCUUUGCUUUGAUUUCCAUCAUUCAUCGGAAACGAUGGCUGUCAUUUCACGACGUCUCUCCAUUAACGCAACACCGGGAUCCUCGUGUGAAUUUAGAUGAUGCCAUCAAAGCAUUUAUUUUGGUUACGACGAGGCAGAAACAGUAUCAGACCUCAUUCCAGUAUCAGUAUCGAUGCAUCCCUAAUAUUUAGAGCAACUAAACCGCACUACCGGUGAAGUGGAGUUUGGUUUUCGUCUCGUUAUUUGUUCGCCGUUUCAUGAGCUGAAGCCCUGACAGUCUUAGAGUUCUAAUCUAAACCUUUCUGCCAGGCCUGAAAUUGUUCUGUCCUUAGGAUACAGCUAUAAUCCAUCAAUGUUUAAUGGUGAAACCCUGUAAUUUAGGGAGUAGCUUUUGUUUGAACAUUUACUGCUGCUGUGAUGGUGAUAAUAUUCUCUAUCACCCAACUGGGAUUUUCAAUAUUUUAGCACCUACUGUAGAAUAUCACCGCUUUUUAACAUAGAAUUAGACUUAAAAACACACCAAAUGAUAACAUUAACUAUCGCAGCACCCGAUAAAGUGUUUUAUGGUCCAGAAAAUAUGGUAGUACCACUGUAAGGGUCAAAGGUAUUGUAAAAGCUGUUUGCUCUCUCUCUCUUUCUCUUUCUCUGUCUUUCUCUCUCUCUCUCUCAUUCCCUCUCUCUUUCACUCUCUCUCUCUCUCUCUCUCUCUCUCUCUCUCUCUCCAUGGUGCUAACAUGCUCAUUAUCUAUUAGGCUACUUAUUGGUGUUCCAUGCAUGACGUAUUCAUAUUUAACUUUUGGGUCAGAGAGUUGCUUGAUAUGAAAUCAUUAAGUUGACCGUCAUCCAACUGGGCAACUCUCGCCUCUGUUCCCGGGGGAUUCAUAGCACCGCCUCAUCAUGGACGAAAAAAAAAGAUCUCGGCUAAAGAAACCUAAGAAAGCUGGAGCAAUUAGCAUCAAUUAAAAAAAAACAAACAAAAAAAAAUAAACGUUGUAUUUAUGUAAAUACAAGAUUCUGUGGACAAUACAUCAGGAUACAGGUUUGUCCGUAUGCGUGUGCGCGUGAGUGUUUCGUCCCUGUUUGUCCUCUAGCAUGAGAAAGACCUAAACUGGACUUUGAGACAUCUUUCUCUGCCCCUUUAUUCUCCGAGAAACAAAACUAGAACCUGACACCUACUGAAUGAGACUGCAGGAAGUGCAUACUGCUUGGAGGGAAGUCCUAUGUGCAGAACUUUUCCUGGCAUCCUCGCUGUGAGAGAGAGAGAAAAAAAAAACGAAACGAAGGAAGUGGGGGAAAAAAGUAACCUGAAAUCCGAGAACUGCUCUCGUGAAGAGCGUUUCUGUAUAGAGCUACGGGAACUCGAGUCUACAAAGUCUACAUUUUUUUUAUAUAUAUAAAGAGGGCACAUCCCUGAAAAGAGAAAAAAAUGGUGUAAUGUCUAGAUAUUUCUCACAGUCAGUGAUUCUUAUUUUACUGAACUAUGGCCAUACUUGUUAUCAGAGAAAGGUGUGUUAAAUCCUUUCCUCUCCACGCAAAAUGUGGUUUUCACAACAACCGAUUGUUUCAGUCGCAUUAGGUGAUUUUUCAAAUGUGGAAUCAUAUGAAAUAAAAAUGUUUGCGAAUCUUGAAUCACUUUCUUUAAAUUCCAUAAGGAAGAAGACUUUAGCCAUAUGUCCCGAAUUUUAUUAUUAUUAUUAUUAUUAUUAUUUGCUUAUUUUUAAUACAUUGUUUACAAUGGUAUUGAUUUUUAUUUUAUUUUAUUUUAUUUUUUAAACAUGGUUGCCAUUUACAUAGAACAGUCAGAAUAUAUUCCCAUUCUUACUUAAUGUUAUUGUAAAGUGUUCCCGUGAGAUGAAUUUAAAUAUGUGUACAUUGACAGAGGAAAAAAAUACACUUGGUUAUAUACUUCUUA